AUGAUGAUCUUCCUGUUGAGCGUGCUUUGGUUGGUUGAACCAGACAUGCUUGGCUUCAAAAUUAUUGUGCAAGACCGACCAACCACUAGGAGGGGAAUAUUGUCCAUCGUCAGUUCCAUCUAUGAUCCUCUCGGCCUUGUGUCACCAUUUAUACUCCCAGCAAGAAUACUUUUACAAAGCUUGUGGCAGCAAGGCAGUGGAUGGGAUAGGCCUAUUGAAGGGGCUGGUCUUCAGGUGUGGCAUAAAUGGCUGUCUGGCUUGCCAAAAUUGGAGUCAUUCUCAGUUGCGAGGUGUUAUAAACCUAAACAUUUUGGCGAAGUACUUUCAUGUCAAGUACAUAAUUUCAGUGAUGCCAGUGAACAAGGAUAUGGGAUGGUAUCGUAUCUGCGUCUGGUCAAUAAGAGAGGAGAAAUUCAUUGCUCCAUACUUCUGGGAAAAUCUAGGGUUGCACCCCUUAAAAAGGUGACGAUACCCCGCAUGGAACUGACUGCAGCAACGCUUUCAGUACAAAUGAAUGAGAAACUGAAGAGAGAGUUGGAUUACAACAUUGACAAGUCCUAUUUUUGGACAGAUAGCAUGUCAGUGCUGAGAUACAUCACUAAUGAGACUACACGCUUCCAUACGUUUGUCUCUAACCGUGUGUCUACAAUUCGUGAGGAAUCAGAAGUGUCUCAGUGGAGGUACAUAAAUACGAAAUUAAACCCAGUAGAUGAUGCUUCAAGGGGUUUGAUAAUAACUGACUUCAUAAAAUGCAAGAGAUGGGUUACUGGUCCUGAUUUUCUGUGGUCUCCAGAAUCGGAAUGGCCAGAGAAUCAAGUAGUCUUAGAGAGGAUUCAUGAUGAGGAUCCUGAAGUGAAAAAGCUCUCAAAUGUUGUUCUGAUAGAUGAGCAAUCUAGCUUCAUGAGUAGUCUCAUUUCUCGUUUUUCAAGCUGGAUGUCACUGAAGCGGACAGUUGGAUGGAUCUUAACUGGUAAGAGAAAUUUACAACAUUGGGCCAAUCUGCGAAAACAAGUGCGAGAAAGUAUCUCUGCAGAUGUAGAUCCUAAAAAACAAGAGCAGCUUGUUGAUGACAAGAUGAGAAAAAUGAGGUCCAGAGUAAACCUCAAGUCUGCAUCUCUUGAUAUCGACAUACUACAAGAGGCAGAAAGAUGCAUUGUGACUUAUGUACAAAGAAGACACUUCCAAGAUGAGUUGGAUAUACUUCUCAAAGGUCUUCAUAGUAAGACUAGAAUGACUGUUAAGAAGACAAGCCGUGUCUAUAAACUUGAUCCAAUUCUGGAAGAUGGUCUUAUCAGAGUUGGUGGACGCCUGCAUCGUGCAGCACUGUCAGAUGAUGAGAAGCAUCCAAUUAUUAUACCUAAGGAUUCUCCUGUAGCAAAUCUAAUUUUGCAAGACGUACACAAAACUGUUGGGCACCUAGGAAGGAAUUCGUUGUUAGCUAAGCUAAGGCAACACUUUUGGAUCCUUUGUGCAAAUACAAUCAUUCGGAGAAUUAUCUCGAAAUGUGUUAUAUGCCGCAGAUAUCGAGCCAAAGCUGGUGAGCAAAAGAUGGCAAGUUUGCCUGUGGACCGUUUAACACCAGAUGAACCCCCUUUCACACGUAGUGGUGUGGAUUAUUUUGGACCUAUAUUAGUUAAACGUGCUCGGAGUGUUAUCAAGAGAUACGGUGUUGUUUUCACGUGCUUGGCAACCAGAGCUAUACAUUUAGAAGUGGCUCAUUCGCUUACUACUGACUCAUGCAUUAAUGCAUUGCGCAGAUUCAUGGCACAAAGAGGUCAGGUCAAGAUUGUGCGGUCGGAUAAUGGAACAAAUUUGGUUGGAGCCAAUCAUGAGUUACGUGAUGAAAUAAAUAGGUGGAACCAUAGUAGAAUCUCUGGAACAUUACAACAAAGCAAUAUUAGAUGGGAGUUUAACCCUCCAGCUGGGUCCCAUUUCGGUGGAGUGUGGGAACGACAAGUCAGAACGGUGUGGAAGGUUCACUUUGGAUUGUUGAAAGAACAAGUCAUUCACUUGGAUGACGAGGGUCUUGCUACAUUGUUCUGUGAAGUGGAAAACAUUAUAAAUAGUCGGCCAAUAACACAGCUUUCAGAUGACCCGAAUGACUUAGAACCACUUACGCCAAAUCAUUUGCUACUUCUUCAGUCCAAUCAGAGUUUACCACCAGGAGUGUUCCAAAGUCAUGAUAAUUAUGUACGUCGUAGGUGGCGCCAGAUCCAAUAUCUCGCAGACAUGUUUUGGAAACGGUGGUUAAGAGAGUAUCUACCAAUGCUUCAAGAGCGCCAGAAGUGGUUAAAACCUCGGAGAAACCUGGCAGUAGAUGAUACAGUUCUGGUGGUAGACAACUCAUCACCAAGGAACUCCUGGCCGAUGGGAAGAGUUAUUGAAGUUAUGAGGGACCGCAAUGACUUGGUCAGAGUAGCCAAAGUGAAAACAAGCUCAAAUGUCCUUGAACAUCCUAUUGACAAGUUGUGCAUAAUUUUGGAAGCUGAUGUUGUCUGUGGUGGUACUUGA